AAAUGGCGGACGCACAAGGCUGUUACACAGGCGGCCUAAAUCAACUACAGCGUGGCACGGCAGUUCCCAGCACUACAACACCAGACACGCUUGACACAAUCUUAGCAAGGUUCUGGGAGAAGCUGCUGCACCGUGAGCGACAAGCUAAAACCCUGCAGUCAUCCCCAAUGGGAGCACAAGAUGGUGGCACUAGGAGGAAUGGGAACCCUCUCAAGGGCAUUAACUUGUCCCAACCUUACACUACCAGAGCACGCUGCCCACCUGGAAGGAGAGCAAAGAUGGUUUCGACCAGAAGGUACAGACCACAGAAGCAGAGGGUUAGAAGAUACAGCACCCACGCACCAUCCUUAACGGGAAGACCCUGGACCUAUCAGGAUUCCAGGUUCGUGGUACAACAGUACAAGCUCUCCUACAACCCCGGGGCCGAAGGGGCGCCCCAGCUCCACACCGCCAUCCUGCUCCCCAAUAUGAAAUGUGCCCUGUUGCGAGAAGCGAACUCCGCAAAGGCAUUGGAUGACUGUCCGGAAUACCAGCGGAUGGGGCUAGCAUGAUUCUCCACAGCCCUCGACCGCCUUCACUAUGCAGUACUCCACUACCGAAACCACUCAGAGACAACGGCAGAUCGGUCUGAACUUUCCCAUAUACCGCACACCCUUGCCUCAGACGGCGAUCGGCUAAGGUGACCAGUGGGAAAUCAUACACUCGACUAUACUGACAGCGGAGACAGAGGCCAAGCCAGAAGAGAGAGAGAGCACCAUAUAAGCUGCCUCUAUGUUCAAUUAUCUUGGACUUUCACUGUUAUUAGCUGACCUGCUCCCAAUCUUGGAUAGUGCAUUGAACCUCCCAUUUAAGCUUGGGAAACCAGCGCUCAGGGGUCUUACCCACUCAUUAAGCUGGUCUAAUCUAAAGAGCAUAAAUCUGCGCAGCCCCAAAGAAUGCCAUGAUAGUGUUAAUGCAGCAAACAUAGGGCUUACAUAGCCAACAAUGCUAAUAUCCAGG